AUGGGUAAAACGGAGAAGAAUAGAAAGAGAAGAAUGGCAACGGAAGCAUCUGGUGGGGCUGGGAAGAAGAGGCUGAAGAAAGGGAGAUACCGAAAAGUAAAGACCAUAGUUACCAAAGCUACUCGAAUGCGUCUGACCCAGAUACUUGAAGAGUUCCGUAAAUCUGAUGCUGAAGUGUAUACACUUGAAGCUAAUCUGUCAAAUCAGGAUCGAGCUGCGGUGCAUAUCCUAUGUAGAAAAAUGGGAAUGAGGUCCAAAAGUACUUGGCGGGGGGAUAAUCGACAAGUUUCUGUUUAUAAGACCAAAAAGGAAGGGAAGGAAAAUCUUGUUUCUUUCAGAUUUUCAGCUGAAGCAAAAGAUGUUUUACAGGAUAUGUUUUCUCGGUAUCCCCCUGAUGACAGAGAGAUGGCUGAGAAUGAGGUUGGAGAAUGUUCCGGAGGUGGUAUCACUUGCUUCAAGGAUAGAAAAAUCCCCAUACUUGAGACAGAUCACCGAGGAGAGGUCCCACAGUUUAUUCUGGAUCAUGUAUGGGGUAAAGGCGAGACAUGUAAAAUUGUUUGUACUCAGCCACGACGAAUCUCUGCCACGUCAGUGGCAGAGAGAAUUGCUACAGAAAGAGGUGAAAAUGUUGGAGAUACAGUAGGGUACAAGAUACGGCUGGAGAGCAAAGGCGGGAAGCAUUCAUCUCUUCUGUUUUGCACCAAUGGGAUUUUGUUGAGGGUUCUAGUCGGCAGAGGAGCUUCUAAGAAUACUGGAAAUUAUGUCUCUGACAUAACGCACAUCAUUGUGGAUGAAAUUCAUGAAAGGGACCACUACUCUGAUUUCAUGCUAGCAAUUAUCAGAGACAUGCUUCCUUCAUAUCCUCAUUUGCGCCUGGUGUUGAUGAGUGCCACAUUUGACGCUGAACGAUUUUCAGACUAUUUUGGUGGCUGUCCUAUUAUUCGAGUUCCUGGGUUUACUUAUCCUGUGAAAAGUUUCUAUCUAGAGGACGUACUUUCUAUACUGAGAUCAACAGAAAACAAUUACCGAAAAUGUACUUCAGAUGAUGUGACAAUGGAGGACUCUAUCUUAACUGAGGAGUACAGAGUUGCUCUUGAUGAAGCUAUUGACUUGGCUUUGUCAAAUGAUGAGUUUGAUCCCCUCCUUGAUUUAAUAUCUUCUGAAGGGGGUCGAAAAACCUUCAAUUACCAGCAUUCUGUAACCGGAGUUACACCACUUAUGGUAUUUGCGGGAAAAGGGAGAAUUGGUGAUAUUUGUAUGCUCCUCUCUUUUGGUGCGGACUGCCGUUUACAAGCCAGUGAUGGAAAUACUGCCCUUGAUUGGGCUGAGGGAUUCAAUCACGGAGAAGCUGCUGAAAUUAUUAAAAAACACAUUGAGAAAACCAUGGAGGAAACAUUACUCAAUAAGUACUUAUCCACCGUUGACCCUGAACUAAUUGACCACGUGCUCCUCGAGCAGCUACUGAGAAGAAUAUGUACUGACUCAAAAGAUGGAGCCAUUCUUGUUUUCUUUCCAGGUUGGGACGAUAUAAAUAGGACAAGGGAGCGUUUACAAUCUAGCCCCUUUUUCAAGGAUGAAUCCAAAUUUGUCAUUAUAUCUCUCCAUUCCAUGAUCCCUUCAGUGGAGCAAAAGAAAGUUUUUGGACGGUCCCCUCCAGGAUGCCGCAAAAUUGUUCUUUCAACUAAUAUUGCUGAGACUUCUGUGACCAUUGAGGAUGUUGUUUAUGUCAUAGACAGUGGACGAAUGAAAGAAAAAAGUUAUGAUCCAUAUAAUAAUGUGUCAACUCUUCAAUCUUCUUGGAUUUCAAAAGCAAGUGCAAAGCAACGAGAAGGACGUGCCGGACGGUGCCAACCUGGGAUUUGCUAUCAUCUUUACUCAAAAGUUAGGGCUGCUUCCUUACCAGAUUUCCAAGUUCCUGAGAUUAAGAGGAUUCCAUUAGAAGAGCUAUGUUUACAGGUGAAACUGCUAGACCCAUCUUGCAUGAUAGAACAUUUUUUGCAGAAGACGUUGGACCCACCAGUUCAUGAGACCAUACAUAAUGCGAUCACAAUUCUUCAAGAGAUCGGGGCUCUGACACUUGAAGAGAAACUUACGGAACUUGGGAAGAGGGUUGGAUCUCUGCCAGUUCAUCCGCUCAAGAGCAAGAUGCUUCUUAUUGCAAUAUUAUUGAACUGUCUGGACCCGGCAUUGACGUUAGCUUGUGCUGCUGACUAUAGAGACCCAUUCACUCUACCCACACAACCUGAUGAAAAGAAGAGAGCUAUAGAUGCAAAAUCUGAGCUAGCUUCACUUUCUGGUGGACUUAGUGAUCAAUUAGCUGUAAUAGCCGCCUUCGAGGGAUGGAAAAUUGCAAAGGAAAAGGGUGAAGGAUCUCAGUUUUGUUCUCGCUACUGCAUAUCUUCUAGCACCAUGAGAAUGAUAUCACGAAUGCGCAAGCAACUGGAGACUGAAUUACGCCGGAGUGGUUUUCUACCAGAAGAUGCAUCUAAUUGUAGUGUGAAUGCGCAGGACCCGGGAAUAAUCCAUGCUGUCCUUGUUGCCGGUCUUUAUCCGAUGGUUGGAAGACUGCUUCGACCUAAAAAUGGUAUGAAGCCCAUUGUAGAGACUUCAAGCGGUAAUAAGGUUCGGUUGCAUCCCCGCUCAACCCUCUUCAAGCUACUAUUUAAAAAAUUUGGCGAGCAACCGUUGAUCAUGUUUGACGAGAUAACUCGUGGAGAUAGGGGUUUGCACAUUAGAAACAGUAGUGUUGUGGGUCCUCUCCCCUUAUUGUUAUUGGCCAUGGAGAUCGUAGUGGCUCCAGCGAACGAAAAUGACUAUGAAGAUACGGAUGUCAAUGACGGCAAUGAAGAUAAAAUAGAGAGCCGUGAUGAGUUAAUUGCUCGCCGUGAAGAGAAAAUUAUGUCCUUGCCUGAUAAUGCAGUUAAAGUCGUCGUUGAUCGGUGGCUUCCUUUCGAGUCAACAGCUCUUGACAUUUCUCAAAUUUACUGCCUGAGAGAGAGACUCUCUGCAGCAAUAUUAUACAAAGUGACCCAUCCACGGAAAGUUCUUCCAGAACAUCUCAGUGCCUCUUUGAAUGCAAUGGCCUGUAUUUUAUCGAAGGAUGGAAUGUCUAAGAUCUCAUUGCCAUUGGAACCUGUGGACUCGUUAUCUACAAUGAUUAGUGCCAAUAUUGAUCAGUCGAACGGUGCGACGAAAAUGGUGUUGAAUGAGUAUCCUGAACAUGACAAGUCACCGACGAACAAUGUGAAUGACCAGAACUCUGUCUCAAUAUCGUAA